GGUGUGUUUAUUAAUAUUUUGCCCUGUAUCUACACGAAUAAACUCAAAAUAUAUUUUAUCAUAUUUAGUGAUGUAUGCGUUUGUAGAAAUGUUUUGAUGUUUAUGCCACGUUCAGCAUGUUUAUUAAAAUAUUCCAAUUGAAAUGAGGAAGUAAGAAAGACAGGUGUGCUAUAAAAAAAUGUCUUGCCUCAGUUUGACUAUCUCAUAAUGAACAAACCGUCACACACGCUAUGGCUAUGUUGUAUAGCCAAUUUCAUCAAUGCGGCCGAUCGUGUGAUCAUGCCUAUAGCCAUUGUGCCCAUGACUGAUCAGUUCAAAUGGGACAUGCAUGGCCAGGGCUGGGUUCUCAGCUCCUUUGCUGUCGGAUACAUUAGUAGCCAAGUGAUUGGUGCUAGUGCGACUCGCAAGUAUGGAGGCAAGAACAUGCUGACAAUAUCAGUGUUGCUGUGGUCCAUGUCUACGUUCCUUGUUCCAAUGUUUGCUCACUCCAUAUAUGCACUCAUCAUUGGCAGAGUAAUUCUUGGACUGGGGGAGGGGCUAGGCUUGCCUACAAUAUUCCACAUUUUCUCCCAUGGUAUCCCCAGUGAGGAGAGAUCUCGGGCAUUCGGCUACCUUGUUGCUCUAGGAUCCAUUGGCCAAACAGUAGCCUCUGUGGUGUGUCCCCACUUGAGCUGGCAGUGGAUGUUCUACCUGUUUGGUGCUAUUGGCUUCCUCUGGGUGUUUGUGUGGAUCUACUGCUACAAGGAAUGCAAGGGAUCAGUUGACGAGGAGUUUCUACAACCACCUAAAGUCAAUAAUACAAAUGUGAACUGGCGAGAAUUUAUAAACCACUGGCCGCUCUGGUCGAUAUACAUUGCUCAUUUCUCUAUGAACUGGUCGAACUACAUCAUCAUGCACUGGCUCCCAACGUACCUCACACGGUCCCUAGGUGCCGGGAAAGCACACAUCAUGCUGACUGCGGUGCCUUACGUUAUGAACUCAGCAGUUGGCAUGGUGGCAGGCCACUGCGCAGACUCGUUGAUCACACGACGCAAGUGGACUGUGCUGUCUGUACGACGGCUGAUGACCAGCAUAGGGCUCCUGGGACCCGGCCUCUUUAUUCUCUUCUUCAGCGCCGUCGAUAACCUUCCUCUUGCUGUCUUUUUUGUGACGGUGUGUCUGGGACUGAGUGCAUGCAAUUCCUCUGGACAUCUGAGUAACCACGCAGAAGUGGCACCAAGUCAUGCAGGCAUCACCUUCGCCAUCUCCAAUACUCUUGCAACUAUUCCUGGCAUUCUCUGUGGUCCACUCACAGCAGAGUUGGUUACCAGCAGCGGUGGUCGUUGGUUACCGGUGUUUGUGAUAGCAGCAGGCGUGAACUUUGUUGGCUGCAUUGUGUACGUCAGUCAAAGUGCCGCUAGUCAACUGUUGUAGCACUUGCCAAAGGGUCGGUGCAGAACUUGUCAGUGAACAAAUAGUGAUGUUGCCAAUAUUUAUUUGCGUCAAAUUUGUCUGUGUUUUUUUAAAGUAAAAUAUUUGUUAGGGUCUCGUGUGAAACUAGUGCAGCUAGAACGCACUGGCACUUCUGGCAGUUGUGGAACUGUUAACAUUGCUCUUGCCUUUAUAUUUUUGCCAAAUUUGUAUGUGUAAAAAAAAAUAAUAUUUUUAUAAAUGUGUAGUGUGUUACAUAAAAACUACAAUACAUUGUUGCUGAUGUAGAAAUGUUUAGCAGGAACAAUAGUUUCACUCUCCGUUUGUCUUGUUAAUCUUGGCCAAUUGAUUUGAGAGUUUGAAUUAAACAAAGAUGGCUGAGUAGCAUUGAUGGGUUUUACAUAAUUUGAAUGCAAGCAAUGAAAAAAAAUACCUAAAGAAAGUUGUUUUAUGUAAUCAUUUCUGCUCUUACUGAAUAAUAGGAAAAUGGAAAUAUUUUAUAUUCCAAUGAAGAGAAAUCCUGUACUUACUGUUUUGAACAUACGUUGAAAAAAAUAUAGAAAAUGACUUUAGGAAUUGUUGUGCUGUAAGUGUUUUUGUAUUGUAUACUUAAAGGCAUUCAAAGUCGUCUAUAAAUUUGCACCUAAUAUUGUAUAUGUACUUAUUGUUUAUGUUCAGGCUCUACCAAUACUUUUUCACUGACUUGUGCUGUACUGAUCUACAUUUUGAGGAGUGAGCAUGAAACAAAUGUACCAUGCUCCGGGAAAACGGCGCUUAAUGCAUGCUUGUUUAGUGUCCUCUUUUAUUUUUCUGUUAGGAUUGCACAGGCUAAUCUGAGGAGAAUCUUUUGACACAUGCAUUAACCCACAUUUUUCCAGAGUGGACAUGUGUGAUAGUGACACUAGAAGCAGAUGCAAUUGUUUCACACUUAACACAUAACAUAUGAGUCAUGUUCUGAGAAAACUGGGCAUAAUGCAUGUGCGUAAAGUGUUGUCCCAGAUUAGCCUGUGCGGUCUGCACUGGCUUAUCAGGGACGAAACUUUCUGCUUUUAUGGUAUUUUUAGUAAUUUCAAGGAAGUCCCUGCUUACCGAAAAUGAAGUUUAGGCGGAAAGUGUCGUCCCUGAUUAGCUUGUGCGGACUGCACAGGCUAAUCUGGGACGACACUUUACGCACAUGCAUUAUGCCCAGUUUUAUCAGAACACAACUCAUAUUAUUACGGUUAUUUCAGAGGUUUUAUUGAGUGCUUUCAUAGGUAUCCAUGUAGUUGUGCACAGGAGCUUGUGUGAUAUUUAACUAACUUGGUACUGUCUGUGUACAUAGUUUUGACAGUUUUAGGUUAUGAAACAUUACAGUAUCUUCUGGAUGGUGCCACUAGAGUUACAUGUGUUGCCUACUGGGUUGUUAACCCGCCUGUUUGUGUUUUAUCACAUUGUGGAAUAGUAAUUCAUCAUUUACACCAAUCUGUAUCAAAUUAAGUUAAAACUUUGUGCUCGAUUAUGUGUACUCAUUUUCGCCAUGAUUUCUUUCCAUCAUGUUCAGUUUCUUUUUUGCAAGAGAGAACAACCUUAAAGAAGAGGCUUCAAAGACAAGCGUUUAAGUGAACUUAUUGCAGCAUUUAUAGAUAUCUGAAGAUUUUGUUUUGUUGGUUCCGUAUUAUUCAGUUUGAGUUAACACCAAGAAUUUUAAACAUAGAUUAUAUACACAUGUACAUAGAAUGAUGAAAAAAGGGAAAAGCUUAUACUUAUAGUGUAUAUAGCAAUAUGUAUUCAUAUGAAUAUGGAUAUAAUUUUCAAUAAUGUGAUUACUAUUGCACAGAAGCAGGUCAUAUUACAUAAACAUUAUCACUGUUGUUAAAUUUCUGGACCAUUUGUGUACCGUGCAUGUUAUUGAACAAAUUUUUGCAAUGUAUUAUCAUGUUGUUAGAUCAUGUAAGAAUAGACUCUUGUUGACUUUUUAAAAUAAAUGUUUAAAAGAGAGCUUCGUUAUGUAGUGUAGAUCUAUAGUUUAUAUUUCCCUUCUUGUUUUUGGUGCACCAAAUCGGUUGUUUUUAAUAUGUUCCAUUCUUGUUUUACACAUGUUACUCGUCAUUAUUUCUGUGUAUUUUCACAUUUUACAGAAAUGUUAUUUAUGUUAUUAUAUGGAUAAUAAAGGUAAAUACAUCUAUAAGUCAUGCUAAGUCUGCUUUGUUAAUGUAUGCAGCAAUUUAGUCUGAAUUGUUAUUGAUAUUUAAUCACUUUUAGUUACAAAUAUAUAGUAUUGAUAUUGUAUGAUUCUACUCAAUUGAAGUAAGAUGCUAACAUGUAAUUUAUUUUAUUGAGGAAUAGCGAUAUAAUAGCCUUUUAAGCAUGUUAGAUAACUGCAGCUUCACUUUUGCACUAUUCCGUUUAUUGUGCAUUUAAUAUAAGUUAGACAUUAACUCAUACAUGUAUCAGUGUUAGUUCUUUAUCUGACAGUUUGUGAAUAGAAACUCAUUUAAAACACUGCAAGUGUAUUCAAGGAAAUACGUGUUUUUAAGAAGUAUAAAUACAAACAAGCACAAACAUUGCAAAAAUAUGGCUAGUGCAAAACACAACAACAGGUCAUUAAAAAUUAUAUGGUAUUCCUGCAAAAGAAUCUAAAUAUUCAAUCUCAAUAUCAAUUGAGAAAAUAAUUUUUUAAUGAAAUGGGAUUUCAUUUGUUGUUGUGCCGUCAGUUUAUUGUGAUCAAUUAUAGACUUAAUAACUGAGAGGAGGGUGAUCAAAAGUCCCAUUUAAUGAUUUAUUAUUUCUGUGGCGCAAUUUCUCAAAGGCUGUCUGUUGUUUCUGUCAUGGAGCAUGUUAAAAAGUAAAGAACAGCAGUAACCUGUAAAUCUCAGGGUUUCAAUAAUGUCCAUUUCCAAAAGAACUGCUUUUUUUCAUAAUCUAUAAUCUCUGUGUAUAUUUCUAUAUUAUCUUUACUACCACAUCUUACCACACAAGUCGAUUCCUUUGAAAUCACUUUUUUGUGACUUCUUCUGAAUUAAAUUGAAUAUGUAUUUAUUUAUACAAUCUUCAAUGUACAUAGGAAAUUUAUGAAUAAAAAAUGUGUGAACCAUGCUUAAUUUUGGAUCUGCACUUUUUGCUCAUUUGCUCUCUGUAAUGCUUUUAAAGUAUAUGUGAUUUUGUGAUCAAAUGUUUGUAUUGCAGACUCAUAAAGUGAGAUUAUUGUGUAGAAAUCUGUUUUCAUUUCUUUUCGGCCAAAAUGAGGGCUUGUUUGUUUGCUUAUAAAUACCCGUGUUGUUACCGUUUACCCACAAAUGUCAACUGAACUUAAUAUUGGCAUUCAUAAUAAGUAGAUUUCAUAACUGAUAGCUUCCUGUAUCUGCAUUUUAUAUUGUUUGAAAGAAGCUUCCACAUAUAUACUAGAUUGCAAAUGUUCUUUAUCCUAACGCUGUAUAGCUUAAUCAAGAAAAUUCAGGGGAAAGUGUCUGCUAUACUACUUGUCAUAAUAUCAGCGUCCCUGUAAUGUUUUGGUAAAGGUUAACAUGCAACAAUGCGAUAUCACUGUUUCCACUACAGAUAUUCAAUUGAAACUUAAAUCGUAUGUUAAGGGUAGUUGUGUGAAGUCACGGACCAUGUUUCAUAACUCUUCAUGUCCAUUUUAGAAGAAAAAUGACACUUUAUGUACUUAACAAAUUCUGGUUUAUGUUUACUAUAUUUACUAUGUAUAUGUAUAUUUCAAUAAAACCUUUAUGUACAUAUGUUGAAAGGGUCAAUAUAAACAUUCACUGACUAGGAACCAUAACAGUGACCAGAUGUUAAACAGGAUUAUGCCCCCUUUUGAAAUUACAAAAGACCAGUAAUAUAAUGAUAUAAUAAAAUUGAAAUAAGUAUAAUGUUUAUGUUUAACAAGUGCAUAUCUCUGUAAAUUCUACAGAUUUUCAAUCGAAAACUUUUACAUAUUUUUUUUUAUCAUAAUGCUAGGUCACAGACCAAUGCCCAUACGUCUAAUGCGAUAAGGCAGAUAAUGCCUCUUUUUGUACUAAGAAAUUUCUUGUAAAAGUGUGCCUGCAACAGCUUGUAUCUCCAUCUGACAUGAAAACUUAGCAGUUGGUUAGAAUUAAACCAUUUGGGUCAAGGUCACUGUGUCAAAAAAUGUAAACAUAUGUAGUUUAUGAAAGUUUGUGUUCAAAAGUUCAAUUAGAAUGAGUAUCUUGUGCUUUCAUGCAGACCUAGGUUGGGAUUACAUUUGGGGCCAGUUGGGUCAAGGUCACAUGUUGACAGCUUAUAUGCAGACCUUGCUUUAAAAUCAGUGAAAUUGAGCUGAAUUAAUCAGUAAAAAAUUGAAAAAUAUUUUUGUUUUGCCAUACAUACUUUUCGUGUUUUACUUUUCGUGUUUAAAAUUAUAAAUGUUCAUCUUUUACUUUGUGUAUUUAAUAUAAUAUAACAGAUAUUAAUUUAAUUUCAAUUAUGUCUUUGUGGUCUUUAUAUCAAGUGACUGACAGAAACGUACACUAUACUAUCAAAUUUGAAAGAAUAUGGCAUAAGAGCAUGCUGUCUUAGAACAACUGUUUUUUCCUGCAUGCAUUAGCACAUUCUCUGUGCACUUACUGUAUAUUGAAUUCAAUGAGGGAAAUUUUUGUUUUGGUAGUUCUCAUGUAAGCUUAUAACUUAACAAAGCUGUCUCUACUGACCAAAGUCUGCAUGUACAUGUAUAUAUAUAUAUUUCUAUUAUGUUGUUAAAUUAUGUUAAAUCCCAUCAACUGUUGACCAAGCCAGUAUCUAUGUCUUCGAAUGUCCAGUUAUUUAAUGACUCAAGUUAUGUGAAACAAUGUCUUAUGCUUUAUGCAGUCUCUAGACCAGCCUGGCAUUUAAUUAAAACAUCAAACCUUGUAUUACUUUAUAAUGGACAGAGUCUCCUUACCAGACUUUAAUUGCAUAGGCUGGUCUGGAGCGGCGCUGGGAGCAUAUGAGUCGUGUUCUUAGAAAACUGGGUAUAAUGCAUGUGCGUAAAGUGUCGUCCCAGAUUAGCCUGUGCAGUCCGCACAGGCUAAUCAGGGACGACACUUUCCGCCUAAAUUGGGUUUUUGCUAAGAAGAGAUUGCAUUUAAACGAAAAAUGUCAUAAAAGCGAAGUGUCGUUCCUGUUUAGCCUGUGUGGACUGCACAGGCUAAUCUGGGACGACUCUUUAGGCACAUGCAUUAUGCCCAGUUUUCUCAGAACACGACUCAUUUGCUCUUAGAUCCAUUUUUGCAUGACGUGGCUGAAGUAUCGACCAACAUUUGCCAUGCUUGGAAUUGAGCUGUGUGGCAUAUAAUCUGUUGCUUAUUUUUUAUAAACAUUGUACUUUGCAACCAUUUUAAUCAUCAUGUGUAUUUAAUUGUUCAUACAUGAUCAAAUAAAAUUUAUAACAUG